AUGCAAAACGAAGCAAUAAUAUUGACCCUAUUCGGGUUGGUCGUAUCGGUUCUAACGGCACCGCCCGUCGAAAAAUACCCGGUUACUCAACCUCCGAAAGCCUUGGACACUAUGAUAAAAGGCAACGUAAACUCUAGUCGAUCUGCAAAGGACACGCAUCUGCGUCAGGUGAAAGAAUUUUGCAGCACAAUGCCAACCGAUACUAGUUGCCUCGCUUAUGAAGAGAUGGUCGGUGUUAUGAACCAAUUAAAACUGAUCGGAGCUGAACAAACGAUCGAGAGGGAACUGGAAACAAGCUUGUCUACUACCGAUGCUGAUUACUUUUGUAGCAAAUCUGAUGCGACUGCUGUACCGAAAGACAUCUGUAGGGCACUUUUAAUCGGGUAUACGGUGAUAUCGCAAUCAUACGCCAAGGAGGAGCCAAAUAAACAGCAUCCAUCUAGAGGCGAGACAAGCGUUCAUAAAUCGGGAAGCAUGUUGAAUCAAACAUCCGUUGCAAAAAUCGUCCCUGCAGCAGCCGCCAUGAGAGUUCCAGCGUUAAACAUUAUGAAGGCAGACGUCCCGGCACUGCUCAAUAAUGACACGAUAAAGAAUGUCCUUAAUCCAACUCCCGUGGCCGUUGCUUCCGAUAAUGCUCGAAUUCAGCAUUCCGGUCCUGGUGUCCAAGUGGAGCAGCCACAGCAAGUACCUGCAGCUGCUGGAGAUAGAUCACCUCCUCUGGAGGCGAAACCACAGGAAAAAGUAGAAAAGCAACCCGCUCCGCCAGUUGCACCACAGCAGGAAACCGAAAACGAGGACAAAGAUCCAAGUGAGGAUGACAUGGAGCAACAGCAAGGAGAGCUAGAUGUCGGCGAAGUGGCUCAGUUUGAGGAUGACACCAAGCAGCAGAUGGGCGAUCCGGGAGCGAAAGAUGGUAUCGCGGGAUCGCUCGACAAUUCGGAGGAAUCCGAAGACAAGUAUCAUGACGAAGACGGUACCGAUAAUGGGGAACUGAAGGGGAACGGGUUCGAGUCGGUCGGAAAAGGCGAAGCGGUGGAAAAACCAAAACCACAGGAAACGGUCGAAAGCGAUGCCAAAAUAGACGACCAGCGGCCGGUGGAUAAUUUUUACGAUCAAAAGGGAUCUAACUUUUUCUCCUACUUUCUCUUCGCUAUGUUCACCUGCCCGAUUGUGUACGUGGCGUACCACAACAAAUCGAAGCUGCUGGCUUUGGUCGUGGAAGGCCGGCGGACUAGCAGCGGGCGGGGUGGGUUUAGCAAGGGCCGCAAGCACACAGCCGCUUAUCGGAAAUUAGACACGAACCUGGAGGAAGCCAUCACUUCUGGCAACGCUACCGGUGGGCAUUCAUCAUCACAGAUCAUUUACUGAGCGCACAAUUGAACGUGCCGAGACUGCAACCGACCCUGCAGUUUAUACGCCAUCAGCGGCUUGAUACGAUUUAACGCAAACCACUGGAUGGGCGAACAUCUGUAAAUACCUUCCAUUCGGCGUUCCUUACGUUUGAAUAGACGCAAUUUCGACUUAGUUCUAACGCCUUAUUAGCCUGCUAUUAACUGCACCGGCAACACAUCGGUUUUGUCUAACGAUGGAAAUUCUCUUUUCGCCGUCGCUAUCCAAGGCUGAAUGAAUUUGAUUACUUCUCUCUGUUCUGUAUGCCUUGGAGUGAGGAUAACAUAAGGAAUAGGCAUCAUGUUUUUUUGGAUCCAAAAAUGGA